ACACUGGGAACGUCACAUACACAAAUCUAGUUCACUUGACAGUUCGCCAUCGCUAUAAAGGACACUUACCAUUCUGUUAUUUAUAAGUAAUAAUUGUCAAAAGGCCAUUUCCCCGGGGUUUUGAAGAAAUAUCGAAAACUGUGAUGAUUUUUUAAAAAUGUCGUCAUAGAACUAUUGAGGAAAUGGACUUCAAUAUAUGAUACAAUUUGUGUCAUCAACGUUGUGACAUUAACGACAUUAGGUUCUGUAUUCGUAAAGUAUCAAGAAGAUCACAUAUCAGCUGAUUCAAGAUGAGCGGCAAAGUAUCUGGAAUAUCAAGUAGGAUUCUGACUGAUAUCCCAUGUGUCGUUUGUCAGGACCACUCCUCGGGAAAGCACUACGGAAUCUACGCAUGUGAUGGAUGUGCUGGUUUCUUUAAGAGGUCAAUCAGACGCAACAGACAGUACGUAUGCAAAUCGAGAGGUCAGGGUCGCUGCCCCGUGGACAAGACUCACAGAAAUCAGUGCCGCGCGUGCAGGCUUGGGAAAUGUGUGGACGCUGGAAUGAAUAAAGAUGCUGUACAGCAUGAGAGAGGGCCACGCAACUCCACAAUUCGCCGACAGGUUGCUAUGUAUCUGAAAGAGACGAGCGAGUACGGGGGUUAUCUCCCCCAUUCUCCCUUCCGGCCCUCCUAUCUAACGGGUUGUCUGAAUGUAGAGCCAGUGGCGGACGGUAUCACCACAAUCAGUGCCACAGGACCACCCUCCCCCGUGUCUCCAACUUCAUCCGGUCUUUUAUGUCAUCCUACAGCUAAGUACCCACAUGAAGUUAUGCAGGCAUAUUCAAGUAAUCCAGAGGCAGUGUGUGAGGUCGCUGCAAGACUUUUAUUUAUGAGUGUAAAAUGGACAAAGAAUGUCCCCGCAUUUUUGGGUCUGCCCUUUAGGGAUCAGCUACUAUUGCUAGAGGAGGGCUGGCGGGAGCUUUUUGUCCUUGGGGCUGCACAGUUCCAGAUGCCAUUUGAAGCUGGUCCGCUAUUAAGUGCUGCAGGUAUUAACACAGACGAAUCUCCUGCCGAGCAAGUUGUCAACAUAAUGACAGAGUUAAGAGCAUUUCAGGAAAUCCUUUCAAAAUUCAAAUCAUUGCAAGUCGAUCCUACGGAGUUUGCCUGCCUGAAGGGAAUAGUUCUGUUCAAAACAGCGUUUCCAUCGACAUCAUCAUCGGACGUAAAAACACUGAGAGACUUUCAUACCGUUGCCGCUCUUCAGGAUCAAGCACAAUUGACUCUGAGCAAAUAUAUACAAGUCACCUACCCAACGCAACCAUUCCGAUUCGGCAAGCUGUUGCUUCUCCUCCCCACCUUAAAAUCCAUAUCCGGGAGCACCAUUGCCGAUCUCUUCUUCAGAAAGACAAUUGGGUCUAUCCCUAUCGAACGGCUCCUUAUAGACAUGUUCAAAUCUUCGGACUUUUGAAGACAAAAUACCAUUAUCAUUGUUCAUAUUUCUCAUUAGUGCUCAUUGUUCAUUUCGGGUAAAUUGUUAUGUAUUGCACAUACUAUAUACAUAAUCAAAUGUGCAUGUAUUUUUUAAAAAUAAUAAUGAUUUAUAAAAGCAAAUUGUUCAUACAAUCCCUAGUCAAAUACUACAUGAUUCAAUUGAAAUCAAAGCAUGUAUCCAUGUUACUUCUGGUCAUUGAAAGUUAGGUGUCCUUUAUGUCAAAAGCCCUAAAGAGGGAAAACAAAUCCUAGUAUAUCUCGUGCUUUUUAUAAUAAAUAUGAAGGCUAAUGCAGAAACGCAUCACCUUAUCAAUAUAGGAAGAUAUAUAUGCAAUAUCCAAAUAAGAUCAUUAAUCUUCAACAGUGUUUCUCAUAGACAGUAUAUUCGAUAUUGAAAAGUAAUUUAUAACGUAUUUUUAAAUCAUAAAUAUUGCAACUUCGUAUUUAGAACAACAGAUUACAUUUCGAAUAAAAGAAAAUAUUGUUUAGGAAAGUAACACCAUUAUAUAAAUAAAUAAACUUAAUGAUGUAGUGUGAUAAUGUUGUCCUUGACUGACUUUUAUAUCCGCGUGCUAGGAUUUCUUCUCGGUUGCAGGGGUAUUUAACACCUGGCUACUAUUACAACUUGUUAGUUGACUCGCUUCACAAACAUUUCUGAGCACGAUCCGUCUUUGUCAUGUUCGACUUCACCUUCUGUGAAGAAGAGUCUGUAUUGAAUUAAAUCUUCUGACUUUAGCCCCGAGCUUCUCUCCUGAUCAAAUGACAAAUUAAAAUUCGGUGUUAACAAGUCAAAACACUAUCACAUAUCACAUACCAAGGUACUUCAAAAUCAAAGUUAACGUUUAUCUGACUCAGUCUACAGGCAAUGCGGCAAGGGGGACACAAUACGUGUGAAAUCCAACUCAUUCAUCAAACUUACUGGCAUUAUGGUAUAUACAAAUAUAAUACCAGCUCAUAUCGAAAACCAGUCCAAUAGUCGGACAAAAAAUUAUGUUCAAAUAUACACCAUACAAUCAUCUGUUGAUUGACUACACUAAUGUUGAAAGUAUACAAUUAAUACGAGAACUCUGUUGAAUAUGUUUAUUAUAUUUCACGAUGUAACUUCGCACUUCUAUAUACCACUUGGUCGUUCUUAUUUUAACUUUCAAAGAUCUUUAAUAUAUAUUGAACAUGCGCGGUCACCUUAAUUUUGUGCUUGUGCUGCGGUGUACAUACCAGAUAUAUAUAGACAUAUAUGUGUUGCUUUUACGGUAAUUAGUUCGCAAAUAUAUUAUGUGCAAUAAAAUAUAUGUUAUGUAAAUUUCAUCACAGUUACCAUGCUCAAACUGUUAAUGGAUGUAAAAUGUUUAUGAAAUAAUAAAAUGAUAAUA